AUGUCGCAACAAUCAGCAGCAGUAGCAGCAGCAGCAGCAGCACCAGAAAGCUCUCCCAUGGUGGCUUCCCCGGGGUCUCAGAAUUCUGGAUCAGGAUUAGGUAUGCCAGCAGGUGCAAGUGCUGCCACACUACUGGUGGCUCAAAUGUUGACGGGAAAUGUGAGUAAUGCUGCCACUCCGGCACCAUUUGGAUUGAUUGUGGCUGGGCAGGCAAUGGAGGGCGUUGAACAGAUCGAGAGUGGGAGGAGUAGCGCUUCUGGCACGGCAACAAUAGGGGGUUAUCAAGACACGAUCGUAGGGGAUAUUGGAGACCAAGAAAUGGAAGCGGUGGGGACUUCUAUACCACCCAAAGUUCCAGGAUACGAAGAUCUGAGGGUACUCUACGUUAUUGAGAAAUCGAACCACAUACAAGUUUACAGGGGAAGGUCUUCAACAAAUGGCAAGCCUGUGGUAUUAAAACUCUGCGCCUUAAAUCACCUGGAUACUCUAGCUCGGCUACGACAUGAGUGGAAACUUCUUUCUCAUGGUCCAUCCAGCUCCUCACGCUCAUCUAUACAUUCCCAAUCUUCUUCAACAGGAACGAACGGAACCAACUCAGGUGUACAAGGCGGCCCAGCACCUUUCCCUUCAAAUGCAUCCUCCGUGGCCCAUAACCUCACAUCACUUCCUUAUAUCGUUCGACCAUUUGCUUGGGAAUACCUUCCCGAUGGUGGCAUGGCCCUAAUAUAUUGCGACGAAUGCACUCACAUGACAGUAAGAGAAAUGUUUCUGCCCGACGUUCAGCCCUUAACCCUCGGAAUCAACAAUCUCGAAGGGCUAAGAAGUCCUUCACGCCCAGUUGCAAAACCCCGAACCCAAUCGGAUUUGAUCAAGAUUCUCUCGGUAUUCUCGAGUGUUGUGCAUGUUCUCUCAGUGGCCCACAAAGCUGGAAUCACUCACAACAAUGUGAAUACAUUUUCUAUUCUCGUUGUCAAAAACCCGACUGGUAAUAUGCCGAAACAUUCUGCGGCAAACUCAAUCAUGGGAAAGCUUGGUGGGUGGCAUCUAGCAUCUAGACUAGAACGUGAAGAUCCAGGAAGAGGAACGGAUGGAUCGAUGCUGAGGGGACAAAAUCCAGCCCCGUUACAAUAUAUUGCGCCUGAGUGUACAGGAAGAAUGAACAGAUCUAUUGAUUACCGCGCAGACUUCUAUUCACUUGGAGUAUCACUUUAUGAGCUUGUAGUGGGAUUUCUACCAUUCCGGAGCACGGACCCAUUGGAGUUGAUACAUCAGCAUAUCGCACAACCGCCAGUACCACCAACCGAGAUGAAUGCUUCAAUUCCAUUAGCUGUUUCAGCUGUAAUAAUGAAGCUAUUGCAAAAGAAUGCGGAGGAUAGGUAUCAAAUCGCAUCAGGACUGAAGGCGGAUAUUGAUACGUUGAUCAGGCGGAUGAGUGAAGGACGGAGUCUAGAGGGAAUGAGGGUUGGAGAAUUAGAUACAACAAGCCAGUUUGUCAUUACUGAGAAGCUUUACGGGAGAGAAGAUGCGGUGGAAAAACUUAAGGCGGCAUACGACAGGUGUUCUGUUCAAGGUUGUACUAUGGUGGUGGUCAGAGGGGGUUCCGGAGUUGGAAAAUCACGACUAGUCAACGAGAUACAACGACCAGUGGUAGAAAACAGGGGAUAUUUUACCGCAGGAAAGUUCGACCAGUAUAAACGGGGAUUCAGCUUCUUCACAUUAGUCCAAGCGCUACAAGACCUUGUGCGACAAGUCCUCUCAGAACCACCACAAAGUCUUUCCAGAUGGCGAACAGAUACCAUCAAAGCUUUAGAUGGUGAUGCUGCUGCUUUAGUUGACGUUAUCCCGGAGUUGAAGUUAUUAUUGGGCGCGGAUUACAAAUUUGAACCAUUGGCGACUCUGGGCCCAACAGAAAGAGAGAAUCGAUUUAGGGAAGUUAUCGGUCGGUUUUUAGCAGUAUUUGGGAGGAAGGGACUGGUGCUAUUUUUAGACGAUCUGCAAUGGUGCUCUCAGAGCGAGCUGAGUCUAAUAGUGGGGAUAGCGGACGAGGCGAAUAGACGGAUGCGGGAAUGGAGAGGCGGAGUCUACAGCACAAAUUCAGGAUCAAAAGGCAAAUGGAGCGCUAAACAAAGGAGGAAACCUGCGGCCUGGGGUUUACUACUUAUCGGUACUUACAGAGAUAAUGAAAUCGACGAAAAUCACCCUCUACCCCCGAUGCUGGAUUACCUCCAAGAAAACGCCGGCGUGGAGGUGGUGGAUAUUGAACUAGGGCCUCUCACUCAGGAUUCGAUCAGAAAGAUCAUUGGGGACACACUACACCGAGACCCUGACUCUGACAAAGUAAAGAACGACCCAGAAAUGCAAACUCUUGUCGAGCUGGUGUAUGCCAAGACUCAUGGCAAUGCAUUCUUUGUAAUGCAGCUGCUGAAAAGCUUACAUAGAGGUGGAUAUAUCACGUUCGAUUUUGGCGGUAAAGGUGGUGGACUAUGGAGAUUCAACUUGACUAGUAUCGAGGCGGAAGAUUUGCCGCCUACUGUAGUGGACUUGCUGGUUAAACAAAUGCUCAAGCUGAGUGAUACAACCAGGACGGCGAUGGUUUUGGCAGCAUGCAUGGGUACGGAUAAGGUCUCAUUACAUUCAUUGGCAGUUGCUGCUGGGAAAAAGCCGGAGGAAACUGCACAGGACCUUUGGGGUGCACUGGAUGCUGGGUUAUUACUACCUACAAGCGGUAACUAUAAGAUUCCUUUAGCCUUAGGUCGACAACAGGACGGGGAUGGAACAGAUAAUGGUGGCCCAAUUUGCACCCCGUAUGUAAUGGAUGAACAGUCCUACUUCCCUCCUAGGUUUUCACCAUCACCUUCGGAGCAAGACGAUGAGGUCACAUAUAGGUUUUUACACGACAGAGUUCAACAAGCGGCAUAUUCGUUGAUUCCAGAAGGGGAGAGGCGCGGGGUUCACAGAAUGAUUGGUACAAGACUGCUUGAAAAGGUUCCGGAUGAAGAUUUGGAAGGCAUGCUGUACGAAAUCGUAAAUCAGCUGAACCAUUGGUUGUCUCCAUUGGAAAGGACGGAACGGCGGACGCUCAUGGAACUUAACCUAAGAGCUGGAAAGAAAGCAAUCGCUGCUACUGCUUUUGACGCAGCUUUGUCUUACUUCUUGGUGGCAAAGAGUCUGCUGGACGACUAUGAGAAAGCCGAGGAUGAAAUGACCGAAGGGGGGAUGAAGCUGAAGAAACGAUUUAGUAUCAAUCUAGAGUUGUCACAAGGGCCAACUGCGCAGGCACGGACAACCGCCGACAUGGAUGAGCUGGCACUUGAAGUCAACUUGUCUUUGAUGGAAGGGUACUUUGCACAGAACAGAUAUGAGGAUUCAAUCAAUCUCGCGGACAAAAUUUUACCACGAUGUGCCAAACCUCGGGAGAAAAUUCGAUGUCUAGUGCACAAGAUGAACUGUCUGCUUGUUCAAGGGAGGCUAAAUGAAUCGAUCGAGACAGGACUCCUGGGAUUAAGUGUACUUAACUGGGAGGUACCGCUGGACGACGAGGAAGCUAAGAUCCAUGCUACCAUGCUGAAACCUAGGAUUCUCAUGGAUAUAGCUCAAAUCAAGGCCAUUGAAAACCUCCAUCCCCUGAAGGACGAGAACCUUAUUCUUCUCCAAGAGCUUAUUUCAACGCUACUAUUACCUGUUUACAUGAGUCGUCCUGCACUACUCCCGGCGGUGUGUUUCACUAGUGUGGCUAUCAGUCUUGAGUUCGGUAUAUCGACUGCCGGAGCCUACCCCAUGCUGAUGACGGGGAUCAUUCUAUCUACUGAGGGUACUCAUGAAGCAUCUUUAAGAGGACAUGCCUUCGGUAGACUGUCUAUUGCCCUUGUCGAUAGAGAGCCUGGUGUUUGUGCACUUGCUCCAGCGAUUUAUGAAACAUAUGCAGGGCAUAUUGGAAUCUUCCACCAAAGUAUGAGUGAAGUUCUUAGAUGCUUGCAGCAAGCCGUGAGCACAGGAAUAGCUAUGUUUAAUGUCGACUUCACAGUUUUUGCGUUGGCGGAAAUCCCAUCCUUUGGGAUGUUUGGUGGUGAGAAUCUAGCAGCUGUACACACCAAGAUGAAUACUACGAAACCCGCUAUUCGAAGAUUUAAACAACAGACCGGAAUGUGGUGGUUAAGCUUGCCAUUGCAGUUCUUACUCAAUCUUAGAGGUUUAGGGAACCCAGAUCCAAUCUGUUUCGAAGGAGAGGAGCUGGGCGAUAGUAAAGAUCUCAUGAAAAUCAUGAACAGCGAGAGUAUAAGCCAUAUAUAUCUAUACCACAUGUACCGUCUGAUUAUAGCCACCAUAUACGGACACUACGAUAUCGCGGCGGAUUUGGCAACACACUGCUGCGAGCCGAUAAGGGACGCAAUAAUGGGUGCAUUCUUUUCAGCCCUCACAGAAUUUUAUUCUUCGAUAGCUUAUAUGGAUCGCUAUGAGAGAAUAUCAGACGAAGAGAAGGCCCUACUAGAAAGAAACUGCAAAAAUAUUCAAAUCUGGAGCUUGACCGCAAAAGGAACUUGGUUGCAUAAGAGCAUUUUGCUAGAGGCAGAAAUGAUGAGGUGCAUCGAUCCUGGGAAACAGCUUGAGAUUUUAGACAAAUACGACCAUGCCAUCUCCCUUGCCAAUCAAAGUGGGUUUAUUCAUGAUGCUGCUUUAGCGAGCGAACGCUGCGGAACGUGGCUAAAGCCCAUCUCGAGAAGAAGGGCUGCGCCGUAUUUAAGAGAGGCUGUCAAGGCAUAUACUUCUUGGGGCGCGACAAAUAAAGCCAUGGAGCUGAGGAAAAAAUUUGCAGAAGAUUUGGUAUUUAAGGGCCCAGAUAAUCGGCCAUCUAUGCCCAGGAUAGAGAGCGACACCAUGUCAGCGAUAAUGGCGAAUAAUUCAAUUAACUCUCCAAGGCCUAGCCCAAGAUCUUCGCGUAUCUAUGCACAUGACUAUGGAUUCGAUCAGAAUAUAAUGAGCCACCAAUCGCCCUCGCUUUCAUCAUCAAAAGAUUUCUUUGCCCCAGACCCGCACGAGGACGAUGCGGCCUCUCAUGCAUCUUCAAAUAGAAAUAACGAUCCUUCGUCUUUGGGUUCAGAACUGGACUUUCGGACUGUCCUUAAAGCUAGUUUGGUGAUCUCUGAAGGUAUACAUCUCGAGGAGGUUAUAGUUAAACUCAUGAAUAGUGUGCUCCAAACCGCCGGGGCAGAUUAUGGAGUUUUGAUCCUGAAGGAGGAUGGGAACCUCCACAUAGAGACUGUUGGGUUACUCGACCAAGUGUCGAUAUUAGAACACGAGCCAUUGGAGAUGAGGCCAGAUUUAGUUCCUAUAUCCAUUGUCAAUAUCGUUGCCAGCUUAGGAGAACAAAUCCUAAAGGAUGGCGAUGAUCCAAAAUUCGAUUCGGUUUAUGGAAGAGACAGUUAUUUCACCUCCAAAACGGCCAAAAGUGUUCUUUGCAUGCCAAUUCAAAACCAACUUAAGACAAUGGGAGUACUUUAUCUCGAGAAUAAGCUCGUAAAUCAUGCGUUUACAAGACAGAGACAAGAGUUGUUAAACCUUCUUUGCACCCAAGCUGCCGUUACAAUUGAUAAGGCACGACUUUACAGACAGAUGGAGUUGGCAAAGAAGGCGGCAGAGGAAGCUACAGCUGAGAAGUCAAGUUUCUUGGCAAAUAUGUCGCAUGAAAUCCGAACUCCAUUUAACGCACUUCUAUCUUGCUCCAUAUUUUUACUGGACACGCCAUUAUCGGAGCAACAGCGAGAGUAUGUAGAAACGAUUCGUAAUUCUGCUGUUUUAACACUCCAGAUCAUCGAUGGAAUCUUGGACUUCUCGAAGAUCGAGCACGGGGCGAUAGACCUACAAGUCGCGCCGUUUUCUCUACGAGACUGCAUCGAAAGUGCAUUGCAACUCGUUGCUGAACCGGCUGCAACAAAGGAUUUGGAGUUAGCAUUCAGAAAUAAGUGCACAAACAUCGACAUGGUUCACGGGGACCUUACUCGUUUCCGACAAUGCGUCAUUAAUUUAAUCGGAAACGCAGUAAAGUUCACGCAAGAAGGGCAUAUCCUGGUAACUACGGAGGCCGAAUGGUUGCCAGAUAGUGAGAAGUGGAAGUUUCGGGUUUCGGUGGAGGAUACCGGGAUCGGAAUUCCCGAGAGUGCAUUCGACCGUCUUUUUCGAGCAUUUUCACAAGUGGAUACGUCUACACGUCGAACUUAUGGGGGCACUGGGCUAGGUUUGGCUAUCUCGAAGAAAUUGGCUGAGAUGAUGGGUGGUGAUAUUUGGUUUGAGAGUCAAGAGGGGAGGGGUUCAACCUUUCACUUGACUAUUAUCGGAGAUGCCACAGAAAGGAAAGCAUGGGGACCUGAUAAAAGACUUCUCGGAAAGAAAGCGAUAAUUGCGGACAAACAUGUUCUCUCGUCCAAUAUUCUUGCAGAUGAGCUUGAGGUGGAAGGAUUGACAGUCGCUCGGGCCAAUACAGCUGAAAAGACCCUCAAGUCUAUCCGUGAUGCUGGCGUUGGCUAUUACGAAUUCGCUCUUAUUGAUCUAUCCGUAGACAAAACCUGUCUAGUAGUCGAUCAAAUCAACAAAUUUGAUAAGGGUAUCAAGGUUAUCAUGAUGUCAAGAUUUGGGGUCAACCUGCCCGCUGCGGCGGCGGGUUACAAUAUCGUAUUGACAUUUGUCAGGCCAGCACCAAGGACUCGAUAUGUUCAGGCUAUCCACGAUGCUCUGGAUCCAAAUAGGAAACGAGCAAGCAUCCCUACAAGAACCCAGGAAUCCGAAUUACUACGAUCUCUUGCCAGACGACACCCACUGAAUAUCCUGUUAGCCGAGGACAACCCAGUAAAUACGAGGGUUGCCCUGCAACACCUGAAAAGAAUGGGUUAUUCAGCAAAACAUGCAAAGGAUGGGAUUGAAGUUCUAGAGAUGUGCGAAGUCGCUGCUGAAGAAGGGGCAAUGUUCGAUGUUAUUCUGAUGGACAUCCAGAUGCCACGAGCGGAUGGAAUCGAAACUAGUUUAGAACUUCGAAGAAGAUAUGCGGAUGAUGAACGACCUGUUGUCAUUGCGCUCACAGCAAAUGCAACUGCCAGUGACAGAGAAAAGUGCCAUGCCGCUGGGAUGGUUAGCCAUAUCGCCAAGCCUAUUCUACCCAAUGAUCUUGCAGCAGCUUUAAUGUCGACAAACCCAUUGGCCAAGAAAUUACAACCGGCAUAG